AUGGGAAUCGCGACGAGCCGUGGAAUCAUUCGUGACUUUGCUGGACCCUACUUCGUUAGUGAGGAUAACAUGGGCUUCGGUUGGCCAACACGUUACUGGCUCUUAGACGUGUUGAAGGUGCCCGGUAAGGCUGAAGCCUAUGAUGCCGCCAUAGACGAAGCAUCCGAAGUUUACAAAGGACGAGUGCACAACUUGUUUUGCGAUAACUGCCAUUCGCAUGUUGCUCUUGCACUUAACACAAUGCGAUAUGAUGGUAAAACCAAUUGGAAUAUGAUCAAUCUGUGCUUCUACAUGUUGGUCAAAGGACGAUCUAUCAGUUGGUGCGGCUUCUUUAAGCAAUGGCUUCCAACGAUCAUUUUCGCGGGUCUACUCUUGGCUUUUUUUCAGUUGUCA